AAAAUCCCCUACGCUGCUGCAGCACUUCAUUGGUCGCGCGCUGACCCCCACACACUAACUACAGCAACUUGUCUUCAAACUACCCAACAACCAUGGCUCAAGCAUUGGACAUCGCUACCUGGGAUCUGGAGUGUGAGUUCAAUAACACAGACCACCGCACAGAGCUGAACGGAAUGGACCGCCUCAUUGUGAGAAGAGGCCAGCCAUUCAGCAUCAAACUGAAGCUCCGCUACGGGGAGUACCAGGCCGGCCUCAGUUCCCUCACCUGCAUCGCGGAAACAGGUCCCUCCCCGUCUGACCAAUACGGCACCAGGGCCGUGUUUGAUGUUGCUGCCGGCUCGGACAACCCCUCCGCGUGGAGCGCCACGGUCACCAGUCCUCCUGGGAAUGUCGUGGCCCUCUCCAUCUGCCCCGCCGCUGACGCACCCAUCGGCCGCUGGACCCUGACCCUUGGGGGGUCCUGCCGCAUUGAUUUCAUCCUCCUCUUCAACCCCUGGUGCUCAGGAGAUUCUGUGUACAUGGACAAUGAAGAGUAUUUGAAGGAAUACGUCCUAUCUCAAGAUGGAAUCAUCUACCGAGGCACCCUCGAACAGAUUUUGCCUUUCCCUUGGAACUUUGGCCAGUUUGAAUAUGGAAUCUUGGAUGUCUGCCUCAAAAUCUUGGACACCAAUCCCAAAUACCUGCGUAAUCCCGGUAAAGACUGCUCCGGGAGGAGAAAUCCGAUCUACGUCUCCAGAGUGCUGAGUGCCAUGGUGAACUGUAACGGGGACGCUGGCGUUGUGCUGGGCCGCUGGCCAGCUCUGGAUAAAUUGUCGUCGGAUAACCCCUACGAGGGGGGUGAGAGCCCCAUGUCUUGGAAGGGCAGCGUGGAUAUCCUGCUCAACUGGGACAGCAGCUCUUGUAGUCCAGUACGCUAUGGCCAGUGCUGGGUGUUUGCAGCAGUGGCCUGCUCAGUGUCCAGAGCCCUUGGUAUCCCCUGCCGAGUCGUCACAAACUACAUAUCUGCCCACGACACCAACAGAAACCUGCUGAUCGAGUACUUCUACGACGAGAACGGCCGGAACCAGGGAAGAGACAUGAUCUGGACGUUCCACUGCUGGGUGGAGAACUGGAUGACCCGGCCUGACCUGAAGCCUGAAUAUGACGGUUGGCAGGUUGUGGACCCCACACCCCAGGAAAAGAGUGAAGGAGUGUAUUGUUGCGGCCCAGUUUCGGUGAAGGCUGUGAAGGAGGGUGAGCUGGCGACCAAGUAUGACGCGCCUUUCGUCUUCGCCGAGGUCAACGCCGACAAGGUGGACUACAUAAGGCAGGCGGACGGCAGCAACAAGAAGAUGACCAGCUUCACGGGCGUGGGCCAGAAGAUCAGCACCAAGAGUGUGGGGAACGACGGACGGGAGGACAUUACUCACCUCUACAAGUACCCCGAAGGAUCUGAGGAGGAACGAGAGACUUUCCGGAAGGCCGACCACCUGAACAAGCUCCUCCACCGGCAGGAGAGCCAGGGCCUCAAGCUCGCCAUCGAGGUCGCCACUGAGAAGAGGAAGGGCUGUGACUUUGACGUGAUCGCGGUGGCCUCCAACAGCACGACCAGCGAGAAGAAGUGCCGCCUGCUGUUCUCCUCCAUGGCCGUGUCCUACACGGGCGUUGUGAAGGACAACUGUGGCUUCAAGGACCUCCUGAACGUGGAGCUCCCCCCCGGAGGAGAGCGACGGGUUCCUCUGAGGCUGAACUACUCCAAGUACUGCGACGCGCUCACCGAGGACAACCUGAUCCGCCUGGCCGCCCUGCUGGUCGACUACUCCACCAAGGAGACCAUCUUCACCCUCAGAGACAUCGUGCUCGACAAUCCAGAAAUCAAAGUCCGCAUCCUUGGUGAACCCAAACAGAACCGAAAGCUUGCAGCAGAGAUCACAGUGCAGAACCCGCUUCCCGAACCCUUGAGCAACUGUUGCUUCAGCAUCGAGGGAGCAAAUCUCACUGGGGGAAAGACAAUCAAAGAAAGGCUUGAGUCUACAGUGGAACCAGGGGAGGAUGCCAAGGUGAAGAUCUACUUCAAGCCAAACCACUCGGGGCUCCGCAAGCUGGUGGUUGACUUCAACAGCAGCAAGCUGUGUCAUGUGAAGGGAUACAAGAAUGUUAUUAUUGGCAAAUAGAUCAACCCACAUCAACCCACACCCAUACCCUGUGGCCUGUCUUCUGUUAGUUGUUUCGUUUUUUUUACAUAAGCGCAACCAUAAAACGUACCUUUGACUAACUGUUUACUAUAUACAUUAAUGUUUGAAUUGCAAUCUUUUUUUUUACAAGAGAUCGCAUAUGUAUUGCUAGUACGUACCUGCUGGUCAUAUUAUGGCUGACUUCUGAUAGCAUUUGUAUGGCUAUCCCUAACCUUUAGAAAGGCUAAAGAAACAUGCAUGCCCGCUUGUACACGGUGAAUAACAAAUUCCAUUGAUGUACUAUGUACUGUUAUUACUGCAAUAAAAUAAUUCUUGGCCUUAGUUUGCACCACACAGCUGCAAAGCGUGUCUGGUGUUGUCAAUACUGACCUAAUCUAGGAAGAGAGUGAGAUCAUCAAGUUUAAACCAAUUCAGCAAAUUGUUUGCGCAGAAUUCUUAUUCUUGAAACAGGGGCUUUCCAGGAUGCAGACCUUUGGCACGAAGUAGACCAUUUUUGUAUCUUGUCUUGACAAGCUUUUAACAUUGAGGAAUAGUUCCAGGAAAAAACAUCCCUCUUGUCUUUUAGCAAAACCAUACAUUCCUUUUAAAUUGAGCAAAACAGCUGUUAAAAAAAGAAAAGAAACUGUGUACGUUUAUAUAGUCUUCAUCGAUCAAUGCACAAGUCAGUGUGCAUUUUUUUGUCCAAAAAGGAGAGUACUUCUAAUUUUGGCCACUGCAAAGCUCCACUGGAGCGCUACAUGUUAUAAUUAGUCUGGAAUAUGCCAUUAACAUUUGCCUGUGGUGUGACAUUUGCAAUGACCCCAAAAUUGCUGUUGGCUAGUUAGUCAUUUCAUACAUUUCGAUAAUAAGCUGUUUUAUAAAUCAGCCCUAUUAAUCAAAUAUGAAGCACUGCAGUAGGCCUAAUGUUACCAGUCCAGGAGCAAUAAAAAGCAGUAGCAAUGAAGACGUUUGGACAUAUAUUUUCAGGUUUGGGGAAAUGGUGCUCCCUAGUGGUCAAACGUGAAAAGUGCAUGUGCUUUAGGAGCCAGGCUCUUUAUAUAUUAUAUUGUAUUUUUCUACACAUUUUUUGGACCGAUACUAGCUGGACAUAUGAGUCGAUGCUGCUAAAACGUUGUUAAUUUAGACAAUUACGUAAAAAAAGAAGCAACAUAUCCGUGUUCACAGAGUAGGCCUAUAGUGCUUAAGUGCCAGAGCCAUUUAGUAACCUAAUGAAAAUACUGUAAAUGUUCAGACAGACUAUCACUUUAUCUUCCAAUUUGAUUUGCUUAGGUGUCGAUUAACUGAAUUGGCUUUUUGGCCUCGCAUUAUCAUCUCGAGUAGCCUACUUUAAAGGAUCGACAAUCAAAUCAAAGUAACGUUAACAAAAGCGCUUCUUUACUUUGCGUGCAUUGAACUCUUCGCUGCAAGCGGAUCGUUCUCCUUGAGCUUGCAGGGCUUCAUCCAUCCUUUCCACCUAAAUGAAUGACUAGGUUCACUGAAGUUUAUAACCUUAGUAGGCCUACUUUAGUACUAGGGAGCCACACAUGACGAAAAUAAAUAUUUUUGCCUUGACGAGAUUAAAUGUCAUCUCGACUUUAAUCUCGACAUGUCGAGAUUAAACUCGAAAUGUCGAGAAUAAUGUUGAAAUAUUAUGUCGACUUUAAUCUCGAUUUGUCGACUUUAAGUCGACAUUAAACUCGAAAUGUCGAGAAUACAGUUGAAAUUAGUUAGGAGAUACAGUAGCAACCGCUCCACAGGGCCUGCACUGAAUCCAAUGGCUUGUGUAGAUAAUUUGGUAAAAUACAGAAUCGGGUUUAACAAUAAAGAGAUCCUCGCUGUUUUAGCGCAGAACCACAGUGUGGUGAUUAGUGUAAGGACGCUGAAAAGGUUGUGUGGAAAACUUCGUCUGUUCGGGAGGAGGAAUCAUACAAACCUGGCCGCGUUCUUGCAAACCGAACUUGCUGGAAAUUGGCAGAUGUAAGGAUACAGAUGGUUGCACCUCCGUGCAAUACAUAAAGGUUAGGUUGUGUC